AUGAGUGAAGAUAUGGAUAUCGAUACUUUACCAGAAGUAGAACAAGACAAAGAAAAGAAACCAAGAUUCGAAGUUAAGAAAUGGACAGCAGUUGCAUUUUGGUCAUGGGAUAUUGUAGUAGAUGUUUGUGCUAUUUGUAGAAAUCAUUUAAUGGAACCUUGUAUUGAUUGUCAAGCUAACGUAGGUGGGAAUAAUGAAGAAUGUUUGGCUGCUUGGGGUCAAUGUAAUCAUGCUUUCCAUAUGCAUUGUAUUAAUAGAUGGUUAAAGACUAGACAAGUUUGUCCCUUGGAUAGUCAAGAAUGGGUUUUCCAGAAAUUCGGGAAAUAA